AUGGACGACCUCAAAAUUUCGACCUUAGAGGCAGCCGGCGUGCCCGGCGAAAACCUUGCAACGAUUGCUUCGGCACUGGAGCCUCCACUGGCACCCCCUCCCCCGCUGGCCCCGCCACCCCCGGCGGCGGCACAGCGGCCGCCUUCACCAGCGAGCAGCAUAAGCAGCGUGGAAAGCGGCAGCAAUGCCGGUGGGCCUUCCGACAGGCCUCCCGCGCCGCCGUUGCCCGCCGUGGAACCUGCCACUCUGUCCAGUCAACCGAACGGCGAGCAGCAGUACAGCUUAAAGUGGAACGACUAUCAAUCGAGCAUCCUCAGCUCCUUCAGGCACCUGAGGGAUGAAGAGGAUUUCGUUGAUGUCACUCUGGCCUGUGAUGGUUGCUCUUUCACUGCCCACAAAGUUGUGCUGUCCGCUUGCAGUCCAUAUUUUAAGAGACUGCUGAAGGCAAAUCCAUGCCAGCAUCCAAUAGUGAUUCUCAGAGAUGUCAAGAGGAAGGACAUUGAAGCGCUGCUACGGUUUAUGUACAACGGUGAAGUCAAUAUUGGCCAGGAACAGCUCAAUGACUUCCUCAAGACUGCUCAGAUGUUACAUGUUAGAGGCCUUGCUGAUGUCCCAGAGAGAGAUUCUCACCGACUGUCUAUGGGUUCAGAUCAGAUUGGAUGGAGUACAAACACUUUGAAUUCAAGUGCUCGUGAUGAUGGGGCUGUGUCACCACCUCCAUUGAAAAGGUCUAGGGGAGACAGAUAUUCAGACCUUCAAGGCCAAAUCAACAGCCAGGGUGAUCAUCACAGGGAAUCUUUAUUAAGCCAAGCUCUUGAGGGCGGUCAUCCUUUAAGUGUCCAAAUACAUUCUGGAGACGAGAGCAAUGCCAGUGAUUCUGCCUCUGAUAAACUCGAGAUUACAAACAAUGGUCGGAGUAGCAGUAGUCGUAGGGAUGAGCGGGAUGCUAUUCCCAAGUCGGAGCCAUCAGAAUACGGAGAAGAUCUUGGUGAAGGCGUGGAUCAAUACAGGGGGGAAAGGAGCAUUUACCAGUCUGGCUUGCUUGCUAUGAGAGGACUUACUGAUUUGCUGCCUGGACCUGGGACGUCGCAAGACAUCGGAAGCUUUGUUGGCAGAAGAGGCGGCAUCGACAUGACGAGAGUGCGAGCCACUGAUCCCCGGCCAUGUCCUAAGUGCGGCAAAAUCUACCGGUCGGCGCACACGCUGCGAACGCACCUCGAGGACAAGCACACCAUCUGUCCGGGGUAUCGAUGUGUGCUGUGCGGCACUGUGGCCAAGUCGCGGAACUCGCUGCACAGCCAUAUGAGCCGCCAGCACCGCGGCAUCAGCACCAAGGACCUGCCGGUUCUGCCAAUGCCGGCGCCUUUCGAUCCGGAUCUGGCGUCACGUUUGCUGGCCAAGGCCGGCGUGCGCGUGUCGCCCGCUGAGCUGGCCGCGCGCGCCUCGCCCACCGGGCCGCGUCGUUCAGACAUCAGGCUCGACCUGAAGCACGCGUCCAACAAUGACCGCGGCUACGAGGGCAGACACCAUUCUGGCGCGCCGUCCGAGAGCAGCAUGUGCGGCGAGGACCCCGAGGACCUGAGCGUGACUAACUCGCGCUUUGACGCACUCUCUCCGCCCAACUCGAACGCACUACUUAAGCAGAAGGCAGCUUUGCUGGCGGCGGCUGCCGUGAGUGGCAACAGAUCUCACUUGGAUGCCAUAGCACAGUCGAUGAGCCGGGACGCCCUAGCGGCCGCGGCCACCUCCACGCCAAACUCCUCCACUGGCAGUGCACUCAUCGACACUUACCUGCAGAUGAUUGCCGAGAGCAGUGCGCUCGGCAUGACGCCCGAGCAGAUGAUGGUGGCGCGCACCGAGGCCUUACGAAAAGUAGCCCGUCCCCAGGAUGACAGUGGUGGUCAGGCCAGGAAAGAGCGAGACAUGCAAAGGGUGCAUCAGCAGCAGCAGCUGCAUCAGCAGCAACAUCACCGCAGCAGCAAGGAGCGCCACAGGGCGGCCGGUGGCCGCCAGGGUGAGUCGUCUGGCGAUGAGUCAGACGACUUCAGUGACGACGAGGACAGAGGCAAGUGAGCCGCCGCCGCCGCUACCACUACAGCAACCACCAUCACCAGAAACAUCUUUACCUCAGCCUAAGUGUAAGCCAAGCAAGAACAGCAGUUGUUCAAAUACUACCUCUUUAUUUCCAACUAUACUAUCGCCAACACCUUCUCAAGAGCAAAAGGUAAAAAUUUUUUGAUGCGGGUAUAAUAACUUAGGCUAAUCAAUAUUGGAAGCAUUUUUGUUAUUUAUGCUUUAAUUAACUCAUCUACCUCAUUGACACAAAGACACUGUUCUCAUUUUGACUACCGAAAGAAAGGAAGAAGGAAUAGAAUUUAAAUUGCGAGAAUAUGAUUUAUAUGAAUUAAGGCGACACACUAAAUUUACCAGUAAAGUUAAUGUGUACAAUGCCCAGAACAAAGUUGAGUUUAACUAUAGUUAAAGCCAUUAAAUUGAUGUUCUGUCCCAUCUAUAUGACAGAAGAGGAGAAGAUGAAGAUGAUAAAACUUAUUGUGUUAUUUAUUAUUUAAGGCCACAGGAGAUGCUUAAACGCGCUGAGUCUUCUCCUUCCAAUAAUGUGCUUUGUUAAUUAUAUAAAUAAUUAUAACGUGGACUUGAAAUGUGACACAUGGAAAUAAGAGGAACUUUGCAUCCCGCCCCUGUGCUACUCAAAUUAAUAUUGAGCCUCAUCCCACCCCGCCCACCCCACCCAUCCGCCCCUAAUUGAGUGGCAAAGUCCAGUUAUAUCGUUGAAAUCUUGCCACGCGAAAGUUUUCCCCUGAAAUUGUUAGCCUAAAAGUGUUUGAAAUUGAUGAUUAAUUGACCGCUCCUAUGGAAUGGAAAUAUUAUAAAAGGACAAAUUGGUGUUGUUAAUUUUUAAGUCUUAUGUGAAACGAUGGUGUCAUGACAAAUUUGAAAUUAACGCUGUAACGCAUGAGUUUCGUUUCCGGGAGUUAGAGAUGAUUGGGGGAAAACGUGGUUGACACUGACCCAUGAAAACCUCAUCAAGGUUCCUAUAGGUGUAUUCAAUUAUUGAUGAAUGCUAACAAACAAACACUGUGAAAUAUUUUUCUUAUAUUACAAGGAGUUGCAUUAUUUACGCAAGUAUAAGAGGAAUAUUUAUUCUGGCUAGAUUAUCUUGCAGAAAACCACCUCACCUGUUAAUUCAAUGGUUCCUAAAGUGACAAGCAUGUCCAAAAAUUCAUUCAAAACCAAACCACACCCACCCACCAGAAAUCCAAAACGCCCAUGCAAAGACAUGCAAACCGACCUGUUGUAUCGUGUCAACAGACUGAACAGAGAGUUACAAUUUAUUAAGGAAUUUGCUAUAGCUGAAAUCAAAUUAUGAAACUAUAAAUCUGACUACGAAAAACUUAGGUAACCUCGUUGUCCACUCAAGCCUUAAAUUUGACCCAUUCGCUAAGCGGGAGACUUGAAAAAGCAAAAGAGAGAGAGAGAGUAACGAAAAACAUUGAAAAUAGAUGCAGUGUCGUUCGCUAAAAUUGUAUUAGUUUACCAACUAAACUGAAGCUUCCGUAAUUGAUAUCGAAUGAGAGUUAUAUUUUUAUUGUUGUGUUCUUCGAUAUUGAUAUACGAGCUUGGUGAAGCAAAAUACCUCAAUCGUGCAGUUCCAUAGGAUAAUGUAACCAACUUGCGAUCGCGCAAGCUGUCCCAACCCUAACAAAGUACAAAUCUUUACCUUAAAUGUUAAAAACAUGCAUCGUCACUGCAGGACGUUAAACUCAAAUACUACACACUAAUACAGACAAACACUACUUGGACGAUCUAUCCACUGAGAAAGAGUAAUAACCUGAUUUAGUCAUCUUGAAUCAAAAGCUAGGGCCAAGUGGGCUUGAAUCAAUCUUUUCACUCGCGCAUCUUUUGCAUCUUCUGAUAUUUGAAACAGACGACACACAUAUCCUUUACACCGUGCACUCGCUUUGUUGACGUGUAAUUAAAUGGAUUUAACUACAUCAUGAACCAAGGAGACUGUCCAUUUUAUUAUAUAUAGACUCGUUGUAUUGCAUUUAUUUUUAAACACGUUGAAGGGAAAGUGAGUUGUAUUAGUUAUGUUUGUAAGCCAACGGUGCUAAUUGCAAUUGACAUCGCUGAACUCAUCUUAGUCUGAAUGCAUGUUGCUGAAACGCUGAAACAGAAAUUUAUUAACAUUAUAUACUUCAGAUGACUAAUUCAGCCACCGCCAAGUCGAUUUGAAAGUCACAAAAAACAACACUCUCGCUUAAUGUAAUGGAUUGAUUAUUAAUUACCGACCUACUCAGAUAAUUAUCACGCAACAUAUUUUUACACACAAAACAUUCAUACACACACACUCACAUACACCAUUCGAAUCUUAUCAUUUUAAGCGCGGAGCAUUAUUAACAAAAUGCAGGGACUCAAAUUAUAAAAUCAGUAUCAACUCUCUAAUAAUAUUGUUUAAGUCAUAGUGACUGUCGUGAACCAACUACCUCAGGUUGCUUAACUGUCCCAACUCACCGUGUUACUUGGGAGACAUACUUGCCUUCUUUUUUGAAAAGAAAGAAACCGACUCACAUACACAACAGUUUCAUAUUUUACACAACCAAACACAAUAUACAUAUAUAUUAUAUUACUCACCCCAAACAAUAUUAUAUCCCGUGUGUCAACAGUACAACUUUUACACCGUAGAAGUCUCACUUGAAAAUUAAUUCAUCAAUCUUUGUAACGCAUGAUGAGCUUUUUAAAUACCAUGACAGGAAAGUUUUUACUUUAAAAAAGUAAACCUGCAGGGAAAUAUAAAUAAAUAUUUAACGUGUAUAAAUUGAUUGAAGCACACUUGUUGUAUGCCUGGGAAGCCUAAACUUAGAAAGUUUUGUGUGCCCGUGACUGUGUGCACAAAGAGUAAACUACUUCAUUUUGGUCCGAUUCCGCCCUUGUUGCAGUUUACCUUAAUGAAAAUGCGAACGUCGAAAAUCCCAGCUUUUUUAUUUUGAAAAUUUAUUAUUGACCAGAGCUUUAUAAAUGUAACCUUCACCAACACUAGUAUACGAGAACACUAUACAAUAAUGAAAGCAUAUACUAUGAACGGCAGGCGUUUCCGCGGCGGCCCAAAUUCGUAUUUUAGCCGUCCGGGGCGCACACUUUUGUGAUUCCCUCGAUUGCUGAUCAUCUCACGGAAAUUGUGCAAUAUUGGCUGUUUUGAUUGAAGAAGCUGGGAUCUUUUCUUCGUUCAUUGCAGUCCCGCGUACGGACUCUAAAACCAGUAGGGAUCCGACUCUUAAUUGUAGAUUGCUUUUAAAGCUCAAUAAUUAGAUUAUCAACUAUUGGUUUUUCGAUUGCGAUUAUUUGUGUUGAACUAUAUCGUAGAUGUUUAUGAAAUUUAACCCGCGAUUGACGUUUUUACUAUCCUCUUCCCAAACGAUUUUCCUCUUAAAAACAUGAUUAAAUGAAAAUAACUACACACAAAUGGAGACUGAAACAUUUUCAAGAUCAUUAUUUUAUUCAUCAAGGUUUAAUCUCAGGGCUUUUAAGUUCAUUUCGUUGAAACAUGUCUGCUCUGUAAAUAAGUAUGAAGUUGCCCACCUUCGACCGGUUACCCUACAGAAUCCGAAAUCGCAUGAAAUAACUCCCCGUGACUCUAGAACGCUGUGAGGGGAAACACCAAUCGCUCUGCCUUCCGCGUUGAGAAAAAGUUGCUCGAGUCAGACGAAAGAAGCACACCCAAGGUAGUAGGACUAAGAUUGGUGGAAAUUGACGGAAUCGAUUUGAACACCCAAAAGAGAAGCGGAAUGAAAUGCUAAGAGUGUAAAUGAUUAUUUUUGUUUGUUUGCUUUUGUAAUUACGUAGUAAUGAUUAAGAGAAAGAAAUGUUUGUUCGGAAAAGAGUAUGAUUUAAGUGUUCGAACACGCUGGUGCAGAUUGAGCAAAGUAUGGAUAAAAAUUACGUAAAUAUGGUUUGUUACGAAGCAAACUUAUGAAAUUCGCGCGCGAAGAAUUCUUCUAAAAAAAGCAAAAAAAAUACGCUAUUAUGCUAAUAAUUACGUAGUAAUCUAAUGGUAAUAUUAGAAUUAUCAAAAUUUUCGCGAUUAAGGCUAUUAACAAAAUCAAAGAUUGAUUACGUGUUUUAGAUCCUCGGGUGCUUAUAUGCUAUGAUGAUGAAGUUUGUACAGCAAGAUAAGAUGGUUAAAAGCAGAGCAGUUGGAUGGUUGUAAAUAAUAAGGAUUAACGUUAGGAGUUAUUCAAUUAAACUGGAAAUAUACGUUUCCGUCUUUGAGGGCUCGAGGGUGGGUCAGGACGUUGCGAGAAAACCUUACAAGUUGACUAUAUCGAUGACGGGAGUAAACAAAUCCUUCGAGUUUUAUUUAAAUUUGUAUCUAUCAAUAUAGUUUACGGUUAAUUUUUGCAAGUUCAAAAAUCGUUAAUAGAUUAGGCUUACUAUUGAAUUACGCGCGCGCUAUUUCGUUAAGUGACAAUUUAGUCUCGUGUUGUUUCUUUUUUGAGAAAAGGAAUGGAACUUGUGUAUAAAUUUCAGUGUUUUACUUGGAAUUAUAUGCGAUCCAAUCAACACAUCCCAGAAAUCCCUUAAGAGAAGAAGAAUGACAAAUGCUUUGUAAGGAGAGGCACGGCCCUGAACGCAAUCACCUCGGUCGUUUUAAAGGGUGUUAUUGGAAAAGAGCGUAAAGUUUUAAGGAGCAGACUUAACUCUAGGCAUGUUUUCUCAGACACUAAGCAUAUUUACUACUACUUUCGCUACACUAUUGCUAGUACCUCACUCGUUGUACUACCUUAUUCGAUAAUUUGUGCGUUGUCCCACUUGGAAAAUAUAAAAACUUAUUGCGAGAGAGAGAGAGGAAAAUACAUAACACUCACAUGUUAGUGUAUCAUAGAUGGUUAAAAUCACGAAUGAGACGAGUAACUUUUUGCUAACAAGUAAGUGGCGAACUUUUUCGGUGAUUUAGAUAUCGAAUCUUAGAAAAAUUACUCCCCCGGCUGCACAGCUCAUGUAUAAAACCGAAACGUUUUCAAUUUUUCGUUCUGUUCGUGUUCUUGGCACAAUCUGAAGUGCGUUUUCGUUUUUGUUCCCCUACAAAGGUACAUAACAUACAUACACACACACACUCACAGUUUUAACUGUUUUAGGGACAGAAAAUACUACACCUAAUAAACUGCUGAUUCGCGAGCUUAUAAUCACAUGAUAUAUAUGAUUGAAAAAAGGAAACUACAUAAUUAUGAAACUGACUGUACUGCUAGUGCCAUAAAAAUUUUAAUACUGAUGAUGCUGAUGAUGUUAUUACCGUAGAUGUUUUACGUGUAUCCUUUGACGUUAUUAUACUGUGUAAAAGAAGUAAAUUGUUUCUCGGACUGGCAGUGUUGAAUACUAUUUAAACCAAAAAAUGUUGGACAAAUGAUUAAAAUUAACCAUAAUCGUGCAGUUUGCUACAAGAACACUUGAAUGAAAAUACGAAAAGGUUAGCGAGUAAAAUUUCCCUUCUGGAAUGAACUUACGUAAGUAAUAAACAACCUUCUAGCCCUCGCAAUUAUCCAAAAGUGUAAAUGUGGUUCCUCCGCCAUGAGAAUGGGGCCGCCUUAAAUUCCACAAAAUGCUCCAUAGUACGCUGUAGUGAUAGUCGAAAAUCCAAUUUCGCUGUUGAUGGUGCUGACGCCAAAAGAUAUCACUCACAGACCCUCUUUUUCACGUUGUUUUUCCUUUCACAUAUGGGAUUCGUGAUUUGUGUUGAUUUUACAACUCAGGGCAAUUUUAGUUCUUAUUUUUGUAUGUCCUAGGUCUUAUAGUUCUCAGAGUAAUGUUUUUUACGUGGGGGUUUUUUGGCGAAAUUUCCCGCUCUCCGAAUUGUGCACGGAUUGAAACGUGGCAGAAAUCAAAAUAUUUCCUACUAUUGGAGCAUGUGAUAACUAUAUCAGUGCGGAGAACAGGAGAUUGAAAAUCCAUUUUUAGCAAGUUGGCACCUCAAAGUGAAUAUUAUUUGUGUUAGCGUCACGAAAGGCGUCACCGUUGUUAAUUCUGAUCGAGAAGAUUUGUCCCUAUGUUGAUUGAUUUUAUCUUCUUCUUUUUUUAUUUCAAUCGAGAAAUCCUCACUUUCUUUUAAGUUGAGCUUAAUUUUAAAUUCCCUUAUUGUAGUAAAUGUGUGUGAGUGCUUGCAUGUUGUUACCCCAGCAGUCCCCUCUUUUGAAACCGGCAAAACAGACCGGUGAAACGUUAGAAACACAUUUUCACACUGACAUCUAGAUCACAUUAAGCAAAAUCAGAAAUUUUAAAAACCGCACCUUCUACUUAAAACAAAUUUUUCAAACAUUUCGCUUACUUCUCCGCUCGUGCUGCAACUGCUAGCAGGCCGAACGUUAUUUUUUUACUAUGCUGACGAUAGAAAUAUAUUAAGAGAGAAAGAGAGAAAGGCCUGCUGAGCACGUUGCGGGAAGCGGCAAGCCGAUCGGAAAGCGCACAACUUCGCCUGCCCCAGCCCUUCCUACGGGUAUUUAACAUUUACAUCAACGUAGUGCCAAAAGUAACUGUCAGAUUGGUCGGCAAAUUGGCGAGACUGGGCGACGCGGCCCGCCACGCCGCCCUCGAACCUCUGACGCUCGGCCGCUCGGGUUAUAUUUCUUUGGGAGAGCGAGCCGCGCGUCUGGUCGGCGGCGACGGCGGUGCCGACCGCAAAAACCGUACUAUUUUGCUAAGAUGUGAUUUGCUCACUGAUUUGCUGGCUCAACUUAUUCCAAAAAAACGAAGCACGAGACUUCGCUUUGUUUUUGUUUUGACUUUUUGAAUCAAACAACUCAGCUGAUCUCCAUAUUCGAAAUGAACGGAAACAUGAUUAUUGUGAAUUUUCGACAGUGCCGCGCGAGCGCAAUUCGCUCGUUUAUCCCUUGCCCCCCGUUUUUGGGAUCGACAUUGCUCAUUGCGAGUGGAAAUUGUGCGCUCUCCGGUCGGCGCGAAAUGGAGCAGAAGCAUUUUAGCCAGACAGUUCACACGACGCAUCUGGACUUGGGGAUGACAUAGGUCACAUUCUGUACUACUGGGUGUUGAUUGUUUCACAAUCAGAUGUGCCACUAGUCAUCAAAACAAUUUUAAAGCAUGUGUUGAUUUUAUCAAGUCCAGAUCUAAUGAUGACUUUAUAUAGUUUAAAUGAUUUUUGUUGAAUUCAUCUCAAUUCACUAGUCAGUUCCAAUAAUAACGUCUUUUUGUUUUUUUACGAUGAUAAAAUGAUUUAAACAAAAGAAAAUAACGGAAAAUGAAAUGUGUCUUUGCGAAAAGAAAGUUUUAGAAAGAAGUGUGCCCCUUGGGGACGGCGCGCCCCCACAUUGUAUCAUACAUUUUUAUAGGCUGAUGGCGGGCGCGUCGGGCCACACGGGGGCGGACCCCUGUAUGAUAAUUAUAAGAACUGUAUUACUAAUGUUACUACUUUUGUCUCUACUUUCGUGAAACUGCAACAAAAAUAGGUGUAAAAUUAUUGUGAUGUGUUUUUGAGCAAAAAUAAUUAUUGCAAGCAAAACAGAGAACUAUUUGACGGAGCGCGCUCGCUGUGGCGCUCGGUGAAACUGCCGGCUCUCUAUAGAAAUUAUUUUAUAUAUAAUAUUAUAUAAGGAGAGACUAUAUUAGGAGGUAGUGUGAUACAAAUAAAUGUAAUUUGGUAGAGACCCGACAGUUUGAUCGACGCCGGCCAGCGCGGUUGUAUUUGUAAUACAGUUUUUUAUGGUAAAAAAAUGAAAGAAAAAGCAACCUUUUUAUAAAUACGAGACGAAGAAUAGCCAUUUUGACGACGGUUGACAAAGGAUGAAAAGUUUUCUUGAUUUCUUAAUUCCGAGCACUACCGCUGAUGUACCAUCUUGAAUGAAAGAAAAUUGUAAUCACAUCACAGAAAGUUGAAAUUGGAUUGAGAAUAUAUCUGAAACAUGGUUUGAAACAAGGGGGAACGUGUAUGACAUUUUGUAGAACUAUCCACAGUGUAUUGUAAAUAGUUAUACAAUUGAUGAAAAUGGAUGAUGAAAGUAGGUUAAAAUAAAGAGCUCGCCAAGCAA